UUUUAUAUUCAAAUUUAAUUUUUUUUCUACAAAAGUAACAUUGAAAAUUAUAUGCCAAUUAGAAAAUGAAAAUUUACGCAUAGGGUAAUUUAAAUCUUACGCAUUAUAAUGUGUAAUGAAAUAGAAUCAAGUAGUAUUUUGUAUGCACAUAUUUUACAUUACGACAUCAGGAAAUACGUCGAUUGCCUAAUUAAUUAGCUAAAAUUUUAUUUACCUAUAGUUAUAAAAACAAGUUUUGUGAAUCGAGAAUGCAGUUUCAAUGAUGCUAUGUACUCUGUGCCUCUGCCUCAUCUGCCAAAGAAAACCAAUUGUAAUGUUUCUAUAAAAUAAAUUAAUUCGAACUAGAUUGUGUAAGUGAAUAUUACAAAUAAAUUUCAGAGCGCCUUCUACAGUUACGAUUGGAUCUUGGUACCUAAUAUUUUUAUAUAAAUUUUUAAAUCCAUUAUAAACUGCGCACCGAAUCAAUUCUUUUUCUUCGAAUCUGGGACUUCUCGAAUUUUCGGCAUGUGAUAAUAUUCAAACUUCGGCUGAGGUAAGUAAUAUUUCUUGCAAUAAUUUCAUCGCAAUGUUUUAAAUGCUUAUUCGCAUCGGAUUAUUAAGAAUUGAAAAUCAUCAAUUGUGAUCUCACUAUUCCAUCUUCAACUAUAGUAAUGAUUGCGUUGCAAGUCCGACGUUGAUUCGGCUUGCACUUUAAAUGGCUGAAUAAUGGACAUUUAAAAGUUUAUAUAGAAUUUAUAUUAGGCACCAAUAUUCAGCCGUGACCGUAAAAGGUCUCAAAUUUAUAUUUAUGUUUCCAUAUAUUUUGCAUAUAUUCGCGCCACUGCGGUUGGAUCCUCAUGCAGAUACCGGCGCUUUGACACCUGAACGCUGAAGUCUGAACGCUGAUUGACGGAAAACGGUUAGUGAGGUUAGUAAAUAGUACGAGAUGCUUGCGCCCGUUCCAGCUGUAUUAAUGUAGUUCAGUAAUUGAACCUGGCAAACUCGCUUCUAUUUUCUUAAGUUAAUCUUCGUUUUUCGUCGAACAAAACCAAUAAUGACAAGAUUGAAAACUGAUAACAAUCGCACAAAAUCUGUGAAAUCUGGCACAGCUAGUUAAGGUUAUAGUCGUCGAUCUGGUGCAAUUUUGGAUCUGAGCGUUUUUAGGUGUAUAUCAGUGUAUAUAUACUUGAUUACGGAAGAGACGCCUGAAUCUUAGCCUAUUAUUUACAUUCCGUACCGGGUUUCUCGUACAACAUGACUUCGUUUGUAGCGGACGUGCUAGCUACAGCAGGUAAACUUGAGAAGGUAAAUCUUUAUAAAAACAUUUCUGAGAUACAGAAGGAAAUAACGAAAUUAGAAUAUGAAGUUAAAGACUUCAUGGACGACAAUUACGUUGAGUUCAGUGCAAAGUUGACAAGAGACGUACACCUGGUUAAAAAGACGGAGCAGCUGCUGGAGGAGAUAGGUAUUUUGCAGAGCAGAAUAAAUGAUCAAGUCAAAAUAGAGCUGUCUGGUUCGACGAAGGAGUUGAAGACACUCUCCCAGGCGUUGAAGGAGUCCAACAUCAGCCUGCAACUGUCCCAUCAGCUGAUAAGCCUGCACAAGUGCAUAAAAUCUAUAAAGAAGACACAGGAGGAGAAGCAGUACGUCGACACUGCCAGGACUCUGCAGGAGAUGCAGUCUCUGCUGUACAAUCCUCACAACCUCCUGCACGAUCUCGAGAUAUACGCGGCGAUCAAGGACGAGUACUGCAAUCUCUACCGUUCGUGCUUGAUGGAAGCUUCCAGCCUUCUGCACGAUCGAAUCUGCUGGAGCCACGACGUGAAGGAGGACAAAACAGUCAACUCCGUCACCGUUAAAAGCAAGUACGACGACAUACAGGAAUUGAUGCAGGGGCUGCACGUUAUGGAUCAUCUCGAAACUGAAUUAGAAGUAUUUUCCACAAAACUGAUGGACAUUAUGAUCAAGCCCAUCAUUUACGACCAGUGUUCGGUAUACGUCGUCAAGGAGCGAGUGUUCACCGUCGAGAUAUUGGAGAAGAACAAGACGCCGUGUUACAAAGGUGUGCUGUACAACUUGAAGUUGCUCUUCAAGUUUCUCCAUCAACAUUUAAGCCUAGUCGUGGAUAACGAAACCUUCCUGAGAAGAUUGCAGCCGCAUCUGCUGGAACAGUUGUCGCGUCCCUUGAUAGCAGAUUGCAUCUCCCACACCAUUCCUACUUCUAACGCGGAUCUGAAGAACUUCGAGCCUGUGGUCGAAAUGAUUAACGAGUUUCAAAACUACUUGGUAGAAAUUGGAUUCCUUUCCGAGGACCAGCUCUUCUUGUCAGAAUACACGAACAACAUUGAUAAACUCUUCAUUAAUAGGAUAUGUCAGGAUUUACUGGCCAAAGCUAGAAACAUAAUGAGGAAAGACUUGCAUGAUUCUGUUCGUUACGAGCCGCAGGAACCGCCUAAACUUAUAAAUAAAGCGUUUGAGAACGGUUGUGAUUUAUCCAUUGAAAAGAAGUUAAGCGAUGUGUCGUUUCAUCUACCAAAAUGUCAAAUAAGCAAAAGUGCACAAGAAACGCUAGAAUUAGCGAGAACAAUACUGGACGAGGCGUGUGAUAGUUCGGAUGCUUGCGCCAUUAGAUUAUUUUACACAUGCAGAAACGUAUUCGAAAUGUACGCCGGUUUGGUACCCGAACAUCAUAAAAAGUUCUUGGAAACGAUACCGCAGCAAGUUGCUCUGUUUCACAAUAAUUGUACGUAUCUCGCUCACCAUCUGCUUACAUUGGCCCACGAAUAUAGAGACAGAUUUUCGAAAAUUGUACAAAAAUUGAACCUGACAUUCGCGGAUCAGAUCAUGAUACUUCGAGACGUCGGGUCGCAAUACUUUCUAGACCACAUGAAAUAUCAAAGAAAUAUUAUCUUCGACAUCAUCAAAGAUUCAGGUUUCUCUGGACUAAGCCAAACGCCUCAGUUAGAUCCCAACACCGAACGUGCACUAAGACAAUGCAUCAGACAAUUGGAAUUAUUGAAAACCGUUUGGUUAGAUGUGUUGCCUAUAAAUAUCUACUGUAAAGCCGUUGGAUGUAUAACGAAUUCUAUGAUUGACGAUUUGUUGACGAAAGUCAUAUCAGCCGAAGAUAUUCCGAUCGAUGUUGCGACAGAGUUGGUAACUUUAUUUAAUAUGGUUGUAAAACGAACGCCGCAAAUAUUUCCUGAUCAACAGAUUCAACAGCAUGUACGGAAGUGGGGAAAGUUUUUGGAAUUGAUCAAGUUACUUGGCGCGUCACUGAAAGAAAUCGAAAUUAGAUGGGGAAAUGGGAAAGGGCCAUUAGCACAUGAGUUCACUGCUCCACAAGUCAAACAACUGAUCCGGGCACUAUUCCAGAAUACGGAUAGAAGAUCUAAUCUCUUAGCUUCUAUAAGAUAAAAAAAAAAUGUAAAAUUACAUUUUCAAAUAUAUGUAAACGACGAAUGAAUAAUUAAGUAUGUAUCACACGUAUUAAAACUGAAUGUGCAAAACAGCCUAAGAAAACUGUCUAGAGAAAAGAUAGUCAUAUAAUUUUACAUACUUUUUGUAUAAACACACGUAUUAAAAAUAAAAAGAAAAAAAUACUA